UCACGCUGUUUUUGCAUUGUCAUCUGCUUUGUGAGCAUGGACAGACAACAUUGGGUUGAGGACGGCGAAAACGGAGGUAUGGGACGUUCUCGCCAUAGUUCCCAACAAUCGGCGCAGUAUCAAGGCUUGCACUCCGUUUCGCCAUCCACCCACUUGUCCAUGCUGAGUAAGGACGCUGACAAGUUCGGUGUCCCUCCUACCUUCCCCGCGGCUGUUGGGCAACUGCCGGCAUGGAGGAACGAUCCGCCCGGCCUUCGAGAUGUGCGACCGGGUCAUGUAUCUUUCUACCAUGCUCGAGAUGACCAUGGGGGCGUGGCCGGCCGCGGCAGUUCGUCUGCCGCUAUGUACUCACAACCGACUGCCGCUCACAUGCCCGUGCACGGGGGCAGCACGAUCGGUGCAGGCAGUUUCACAGCGGCGCUGUGCGGGGAGUACGAAGAUCCUUUCUUCGGUGGUCUCCCUAGACGGAUCCAUGGACAUAAUGACUUAUCGAGACGUGGGGCACAAAGCGGGAGUGGGCAGGGGACAUUGCCACAGGGAGGAACGCCGGGGCAUGGCCAAUCAGAAGUGACGAUGGUGGCGAACGUGGACAGUGGCAGUGGUGUGCGUGAGGGGCAGGCGUGCUCUCAUGCAGCCCCCCAGCAGGUCAGAGUCGAGGCUGGGUCGUCCGAGUUCGUCGAUCGUUUGUGUGUCGGCUUGCCACCGGCCAGCCGUGGUGAGGGAAGGGGGCGAGGUGAAGGUCGCCCCGGCACAAGUGACAGCAUUGGACAAAGCGGUCGGGCAAGACAGCCGGCACGGGGAGGACGUGGCAGAGGAGGGUGCACUUCACCCUCCUCUGCGUGUGCUGCGGAGGCCAGUGGGAGUGGAAAGGACGUAGGGGGCCAGGAGACCAAUGACAACCCGACCAUAGUUGACGAGGGAAUGCGUAAAGGAAAACCUCCUGCCAAAAAGAUAGUGCCUUGGACGCUGGAGGAGUGCUUGGCGUUGGCGAAAUGGCAACGUGAGGAUGACGCCAUGAUGGCAGAUGCGUCCGCCAGGCACAAGUGCAUGAAGAAGGGGGAGAGACAAGAGUGGGUGUCCGAGCGCAUGAAAGAGGAAGGGAUUAUGAGGUCCGUUGAGGAGUACAAGAAAAAAUGGUUUAACCAAGGACAGAAGCUGAAACUGCUUGUGGAUAAGGUGGGGCGGUCAGGCCAUCAAUCGUAUUGGGAUAUGACCGAAGAGGACAGAGAGGCCGAAGGUCUUUAUGCCACAUUCGAUCGACGUCUUUGRCAGGSGAWGGAGUGGAUGUUGCAAAGAYCGUCUGGGACGUGUGAUGAGGCGAUGAACUCGKACAUCAUGGGUGGAGGUGAAGCCGAAGGCACGGAGGGAGGUUCAGGUGACCAAGCAGGGUCAGACAGAGGAGGGUCCGACACGUCGGGAAGUAGGUCGAAGCUCAGUUCGUCUGCCGCUAUGUACUCACAACCGGCUGCCGCUCACAUGCCCGUGCACGGGGGCAGCACGAUCGGUGCAGGCAGUUUCACAGCGGCGUUGUGCGGGGUGACAUCCAACCAGCAGUGGAAUGGCGGUGUCUACAGCCAUGGACAGAAUGACUUAUCGAGACGUGGGGCACAAAGCGGGAGUGGGCAGGGGACAUUGCCACAGGGAGGAACGCCGGGGCAUGGCCAAUCAGAAGUGACGAUAGUGGCGAACGUGGACAGUGGCAGUGGUGUGUGUGAGGGGCAGGCGUGCUCUCAUGCAGCCCCCCAGCAGGUCAGAGUCGAGGCUGGGUCGUCCGAGUCCGUCGAUCGUUUGCGUGCCGGCUUGCCACCGGCCAGCCGUGGUGAGGGAAGGGGGCGAGGUGAAGGUCGCCUCGGCACAAGUGACAGCAGUGGACAAAGCGGUCGGGCAAGACAGCCGGCACGGGGAGGACGUGGUAGAGGAGGGUGCACUUCACCCUCCUCUGCGUGCGCUGCGGAGGCAAGUGGGAGUGGAAAGGACGUAGGGGGGCAGAAGACCAAUGACAACCCAACCACAGUUGACGAGGGAAUGCGUAAAGGAAAACCUCCUGCCAAAAAGAUAGUGCCUUGGACGCUGGAGGAGUGCUUGGCGUUGGCGAAAUGGCAACGUGAGGAUGACGACAUGAUGGUAGAUGCGUCCGCCAGGCACAAGUGCAUGAAGAAGGGGGAGAGACAAGAGUGGGUGUCCGAGCGCAUGAAAGAGGAAGGGAUUAUGAGGUCCGUUGAGGAGUACAGGAAAAAAUGGUUUAACCUAGGACAGAAGCUGAAACUGCUUGUGGAUAAGGUGGGGCGGUCAGGCCAUCAAUCGUAUUGGGAUAUGACCGAAGAGGAGAGAGAGGCCGAAGGUCUUUAUGAAACAUUCGAUCGACGUCUUUGGCAGGCGAUGGAGUGGAUGUUGCAAAGACUGUCUGGGACGUGUGAUGAGGCGAUGAACUCGGACAUCAUGGGUGGAGGUGAAGCAGAAGGCACGGGGGGAUGUUCAGGUGACAAGCAGGGUCAGACAGAGGAGGGUCCGACACAUCGGGAAGUAGGUCGAAGCUUAGGUGAACCAGCGGCAGCAGACUCCAUGUUGGAGAUGACCCAUCGUCUGUGUCCUCUGUGGGAGUUGCCAUGGCUGAGUCCACACGUGUGUACGUGGAGGGUUUGGAUAGAGCCACGUCGACGAUUGCUCAGGCGAAUAAGGAGGGUGCGACCAUCGUCGCCGGGAGCAUUGGCGAAAUGGCGACGCAGAAAGGUGCAGUUGCAUCAGCCUUGGGUGAAGGGAACGAUGUGAUGCAGCUCCUGGUUGGUGUGAUGGGUGCCCGAAAUUCGGGCGGACCGCGGAGUACCGGGGGGGUGUAGGAGCACC